AUGUUUGACAUUAACACAGAAGUCAAAGAAGUUACUGAUAUCAAUUUUUCUCGGAUACCAUACACACUAUAUAAGUUGGAGGAUUUGUUCGUAUUUCGGGAAGAUUCAUCAUAUUUGAUAGAUGUAAUUGGUUUCUUGAUAAGUGUUCAAGAAUAUCCAAGAAUACAACAUGGUUAUGCAGAUAGAAUGAAAUUGGUAGUGAUUCAGCUAUAUGCAAACGGGUUUUAUGUUUUGUUUUAUCUGUAUGGAGAAUUCUUUAACCGUAUGACAUCUGCAUUAAUGAAUUCUCCUAACCAAGCUCCCAUUGUUUUACUUGAAUCUUUUAAAGUCAGAGUUUCUAGAGAUAUUGAUGAUGAUUUUGUCAAUUUUUCGAAUGCUGCAAAUAUUCUUCAUCUCAUGGAAAAAGAUGAGGAUGGUAUUUAUAAUAUUGUUGGGACUAUUAAAAGUAUUCAUAAUCAUUAUGAUUGGUGGUAUUAUUGCUGUCCCAGUGAAGCUAUUUUGGAAUUGUUAAAUAAUGGUUUCAGAUGUUCAGCGUGUGAAAGAGAUAUAAAGAAUGCCAUUAAAAUGUUUAAAGUUACUGUAGAUGUUGAAGAUUAUAGUGGCCACUCGAUAUUCAUCUUAUAUGAUCGAGCUGCAACACUUUUAUUGAAGAGAAAAUUACAUGAUGUUAUUCAAUUGUUUGAAGCUAACUAUCUGGUUGUAUAUGUGCCUUCUUAUCCACCUUGCUUUGAUGAUAUUAUUGGGAAAGAGGUUGUACUUAAAGUUGAUCGAAAACGAGUAGGAUAUACGCCAUAUAUUGGAACUUUCAAAGUUAUUAAUUGUUGUGAUGAUGUUGGAGUCAUCUCCAAGUUUAAGAUUGAGGAAGUUUCAAAUGUUAGUUUUUGA